AUGUCCCAAGGACACAAACUUGCAGAAAAGCUCGAGGACGCAAUUAACGAACUUUCCCUUCUGAUCAAUAAAGGAGAAAUCGAACCGCUCGUCCCCGCAUUUGUUCAAACAUACGAUGUUCUGAUUAAUUUGCGGAAUACGUUUUGGCAAGAAGAAGGCUCGGAUGUUCCUCUCCGGGUACUUCGAGAGUACCAUAACAAGAAACGUGCAGAGGAAGAACUGUCUAUGCUUGAAGCCGAGGCAAGACGACUUGUUGCAUACAUUACUGCAAAGGUCUCCACGUUUAAAAGAGUGAUGGAUGAUUCCAAUGGUCUUUUGGGCUGCAAAGUGAUUUUGAAAAGGCAGCUCCACUUCUAUGAAGCGAUCGAAAAAGCAGCUCGCAAACAGCAUCUUUUGCGUGAUCUUUUUGAUGCCAAUGAUGCCAGCUCGUCCAAUACAACACCUGAUACUCAGGAUGAAAAUGUAUUGGAUGAGGACUAUGAUGAAGAGCUCCAUUUCAUCCCACCAUCAUACGAAGAGAUCGAGCUCGCUGUCAAUGACAAUGGCGAAGAACACGAAGAAGAAGAAGAGUUUACUCUUUUUUAG